CUAGUGGUUGUCAGCCACCUAGUCCACAAGACCAAUGCAAAGGCUGUCUUUGCACAUUUUAUGGUCACGAAUUCCCAAAAUUAUACUGCUUCUGAUUGGGAAUCAGAUAUGAAAUUAGCCCAAGAUGCCCAUAUCGAUGCCUUUACAUUGAACAUGGCGUGGCAAGACAGCACCAACGACAACUCUGUUGAAGCCGCAUUCGACGCUGCUGACUCAGUCGGCUUCAAACUUUUCUUCUCGUUUGACUACGCGGGGAAUGGGCCAUGGAGCAAAGAUACUGUGAUCAGUAUAAUCCAGCAGUACGGUUCCAAUGGAGCUUACUUCCUAUACAACGGUCAGCCUUUCGUGUCUACUUUCGAAGGACCCGGAAAUGCGGAGGACUGGGUGGAAAUCAAAGCGCAGACAAAUUGUUAUUUCAUCCCCGAUUGGUCGUCGGUUGGUGCCAAGCCAGCUGCAGCACUUGCAAAUGGUGUUGCCGAUGGCCUGUUUAGUUGGUCUGCUUGGCCUUGGGGCAAUCAGACAAUGGAUACCUCUACGGAUGCCUCCUAUUUUCAGUACCUGGAGGGUAAGCCAUACAUGAUGGCUAGAUCACCAUGGUUUUACACGAAUCUCCCAGGCGAUGACAAGAACGGGCUUUGGAAGGGUGAUAGUCUCUGGUUUGAUCGAUGGCAGGAGCUUCUUGGUCUUGACCCAAUGCCUGAAUUUGUCGAAAUAAUUUCUCUUGCAGCCAGUUGA